AUGCUCACAUAUCUUGAAGAAACUACGCUGGAAGCAUGUGAUAUCACAUUUCCCAUCACUGCAUCCAACACCACUACUUCUGAUUUCAAGGUGAUACUCUCGUCCCCGUCUGAGCUCCAGUCUCAAGAGGGAAAGGCGCGUGUCGAAAGGCUGUUCUUGAUGCAAGGGGGAGAGCAUGUCGCUGUGAUAUUGCUCUUGGAUGGUGAGGAUUCAAUGUUGGGCUUUUCCAACGUCCAAGCUGAGUAUGUGAUACACUCAUGUGUUGGUGUUGAUAUUCAUACUGACUGGUUGCUCUCAAGAUGGCUAUGUUGGGACUAUGCUAUGCCGAUGAUCCCUAUCACUACAAUCAAGACCUUGCCAGUCUGUCUCGAAUCACUUCAACAAGACUAUAGCAAAGAAAGUUCCCAGCCUGAUACCGAUGCAAACAUCGCCAGUCGAGACCUGCUGCGUUGGUGUGUCUGUGGGAAACCGCUAUCAAGAGAUCAAGUCAAUAUCUUGACGGAAAUCACAUCUGGGUUUGGGGAUCUUGGCGGCCGUUCUUCUCUUCUAAAUGGUCGGGCUGUUAUCCGUGAAUACCUGGGUAAUGAAGAUGGUGGACGACUUCUAUCAUUUCUUACCAAUGACUUUUCCAAGACUCAAGGUUAA